AACCACUUGUUUGAUAUGCCAGCGGAAGCCGGCGCUGGACGCCCUAGUUCUGCUUGCAAGCUUGGCCGCCACAACGACGUCGUUUUUCAGAAGCAUUUUCUCUUGCAAUUCCCGCAUUUUGAAACCAGGGUCCAGGCUUCGUUUAUAUGGACUAGGGUUUUAGUAAGAGCGGACGAUGAGGAUGAUGGUCGGCUUCCUCCGCAAAGUCGCUCUGCUUCAGGUGAGGUUUACUCUCUCAGAUUCUCCAACCCUACAAAGCUUGCCUUUUCUUCACUUCCACCACCACCCAUUCUCAUCUUCAUCCAAAGCACACUCAUUCACUGUGUCUCACCUCAUAAACUCAUGUGGCUUCUCCCAUCAAGAGGCUCUAUCAGCUUCCAAAUUCAUCCACUUUGAAACCCCCGAAAAACCCGAUUCCGUCUUUUCCUUCUUCAACAGCCAUGGCUUCUCCAAAUCCCAAACCUCAAAAAUUGUUAGAUCACAACCUCAACUCAUUGUAUCCGACCCCGAGAAAUCCCUUUUGCCCAAACUCCAAUUUUUCUACUCCAAAGGCGUUUCUAAGCCUGACGUUGCCAGGAUCGUAGUCUCUACCCCAGCCAUCUUGAAACGAAGCUUGGAAAAUCAAAUCAUCCCAUCUUAUAAUUUCUUCAAAGAUUUCUUUCAAUCCGAAGAGAUGGCAAUGGGUAUUGUUAAACGCUUUGCGCGGAUUCUACUGUUUGAUCUUCACACCUAUGUGGAAUCUAAUAUCAAUGCGUUGCAAGAAUUUGAAGUACCCAAAUCAAAUAUUGCUGCAUUGCUAAGGCACCAGCCUAGGGUAUUCAUGGUGCGGCCAAAUCAGUUUAGGGAGAUUUUGGAGGAAGUAAAGAAAAUGGGGUUUGAUCCUUCACAAAUGAAGUUUGUUCUAGCAGUUCAAGCAAUAAGAGGGAUGUCAAAAUCAACCUGGGAAAGGAAGAUUGAUGCUUAUAAGAGCUGGUGCUGUUCUGAGGAAGAGAUUCGUUUAGCCUUUUUAAAGUUACCCUGGUCUAUGGUACUUUCCGAGGAUAAAUUAAUGGCAACAAUGGAUUUCUACGUCAAUAAAAUGGGGUGGGAGUCUUCUUUCAUUGCUCGCCGGCCGGUGCUUCUCUCGCUUAGCUUGGAGAAGAGAAUUAUUCCUCGGUAUUCAGUUGUUCAAGUUUUGUUGUCAAAAGGUUUGAUUAAUAAAGAUAUUAGCCCAAGAGUUCUGUUUGAAUCUACUGAACAGAAGUUUAUGCAAAAGUUUGUAAAUCUCUACAAGAAAGAAGCUUCUCAGUUAUUGAACUUGUAUCAGGAAAGGAAAAAGUCAAUCUUCCAGAAAAAGCAAGAUUGUCUCCCAGAGGGAAGGGGUAGUUUUAGAAUUUGUACACCGUGAAUCAAAAAAUUUCUGCACCUUCCCCUGUGUGGUUGAUUCUGCUGAAAAUUAUUUGGUUCUUCACCUUUAUAUACAUCUGGUACUUACUGCAACUAAUUCAGAUUUAUUUUAUAUGCAAUCUUGAUCUCAUUUGGAAGUUCAA